CCAUAGUAGGUUCUUAAUAAAUGCUUAUUUUCUUCUCUUCCUAAAUUCUCCUUCUUCCUUACUACUUUAGAAUGCCAAAGUGAUGGAAAGCUGAUGCUUGUCCUAGUUAUAUUGUUAUUGAGCCCAAAACAGAAUCGCUCCCACAACAAUUAAGGCAGCUCUGUAUAUGAUCUCAGAGAUGGCUCCUAUAAUCAAUUCAACCACUGUUAUACAAACAAAAAGAGAAAAGAAAUUUGUACAGGAAACUGAAUUUUUAUUAGAGUUUGUUUGUUUUUUUAAGUGUAAGUUAAAUUUAAGGAAAUGGCUGUUCUGCUCACCAGUGUCCCCUUCUGACACUGGUUAAUCCCAGAAUGUUGGGAGCCAAACUAGCUGAAAGUAUAGAAUUCAUCUUGUACAGGGAUCUUAAUCUAGAUAUCUCUGGAUUGAUUUCAGUGGAUCCAAUUUUUAAAAAUAUUUUGAUAACUAUUUCAACAUAAUUGAUUUCCUUUAUAAUCCUAUGUAUUUAUGAAUUUUAAAACAUCUCUAAGCAUUUAAAAAAAUGUCUAUAGGCUUUACCAAACUGCCAAAGAGUUCCAUGAUAGGAAGAAAAAAUGAUUAAGAACCCUGAUUUAGUGUUAGUACCUGAUCACAGAGAAAUGGAUAAAUACAAACAAGACUGAUGAUUAUUUUUCCUGACCCCCUGGUAAGAGAUCAUGUAACUUUAUCAUACUGCUAUAUCUAGGCAUGUUUAUCCAUUAGCAAUCACAAAUAUGUUCUUCUUCCAUGCUUCUAGACAAUACAAAGUGGUGGGAUCUUUUCAUAGUAGUUUGUUAUUGUUGCUGCCCAGUUGCGCCUGACCCUCCAUAAUUUCAUUUGGGGUUUUCUUGGUAAAGGUACUGCAGUGGGUUACCAUUUCCUUCUCCAAUUCAUUAUACAGAGGAGGAAAUUGAGGCAAAUAACACUAAGUGACUUUUGGAGUCACAUAGCUAGUGUCUGAGGAUGGAUUUGAAGGGAAGACCAAGAUCUGCCACUGCAUCCAGGGCCAUCUCCAGUCCUCUUGAUCUGUAUUUGGUCACUUGAUCUAGUUGACUCUGAAGAGGAAAGUGAGACAGGUGACCUUGCUCAGCCCUCCCUCACUUAAAUCCAACUCACUUGCAUGUCAUGGCAUCACCUUCCUGAUGUUAUGGUCCUUUUCAAGAAAGAAGGACAAACAAUAACAACAAUGACUUAAAGAAAAAACUUGAGGUCAUCUCAAUAUGAAUUUCCUCAGCUCUCCUCCUCCAUUCCUGUAACCAUCCCCACCUUCCUUCUAGUUAGAGAAGAGAAAUCCUUUCUCAUCACUACUAUAAGUACCAUUGAUUCCAUUCCUUCCUAAGUCCUCAAAAAUAAUUGCUUGAUGAAUUCAAUUGCUGAAGUUUUAAGUCCUGGGAUUACAAAGUCAGAUAAGAAAUUUUCCUUCCUUGAGUAUCUCAAUCCAAAUUCCAGUCACAUUUAGUUAGAAUUUCAUUUACUGAAUUACAAAAUUUGAGAGCUGGAAGGGACCUCAAUGGCUAAGUCAUCCAACUUACACAUGAAAGGAAUAUGGGCAUUUUUUCUGGCUGUGCCCCAUAACUGGAGUGUUCCUUUCUCUGAUUGUCCCACUUACCUCCCUGGUUUCUCUUAAAUCCCAUUUUAUUUUAUUUUUUCUUUACUGGAAACCUUUCCCAACUCGUCUUAAUUCCAUUGCUUUCCCGUAUUAAUUAUUUCCUAUUUAGUCUGUAUAUAGUAUGCUCUAUAGAUAUUUGCUUACAUGUUGUCUCCCUAACUAGACUUUUAACUCCAUGAAGACAGGCACUAUCUUUUCUGUCUUUUUGUAUCCCUGGUAUUUGUAUAGUACCUGGCAUGUAUGUGCUUAAUAAAUUGACUGAUUCUCCAUUAUAGUAUAACCUACACAGUGGAUCGUAUAGUAUAAAUUAUGACAUAUAGUAUAUAUAUAGUAUGUAUAUGAUACAGUAUAAAUUAUAGUAUAAUAUCACAUAUAUUUUUUGAAUUAAGCUUCAUUUAUGUGUUCUCCUGACUAAGGAAACAUUAAAUUUGUUCAAUUCAGUUCAAACUAUCUUACAGACAAAAUCACUAUUUGAUUGCUUACGAAUCCAAACACAUUCCCAGACCCAUUUAGAGGAGAUCACCUUGCCCUUUGCUUUACUAAGAUUAAGUAAGGCCUCUGGACCUUACCACCCUCUCCUUUUGCUUUCCUUUUCCCAUUCCUCAACAUUUCUCACCAAUUGAAAUGAAUGAUUUCUUUUCUUUUAUGUCACUUCAGAGGACAUUAUCUCUAAAUUAAUCCCUAAAAUAAUCCAUUCUCUCUUUGACCACUUCCAGAACUUUGUUCACCAUUCAUUCUCUCUUAUGUAUCUUUAUUCUUACCCUCUUCUCUGGUCCCUUUCCACCUCCUGCUAAACAAAUUUAAAUUGCCUUACACCUUCCUCUCUCUGUUCUCUCUCUCUCCCCCUCUCUGUCUCCCUUCACCAUCUCCCUCCCUCUUUCCUUCUCUCUUUUCCUUCCCUCCCUUUUUCUCUCUGUGUCUCUCUCUCCCUCCCUCCUCCUCUUUUAUCCUUCUACUUUCACCCUCUUUUUCUCUCCCCUCUCUUUGUUUCUAUCCCUUUCUUUCUCUUUCCUCCUCCCAUAUUUCUUUCCCCUCUUUUUGUGUCAUCUUCUCUUUCUCUCUUCUUUUCUCCCUUUAUCUCUCUUUCCCUCCUCACCUUUCUCUCUUCUCACCCCACCUCCUCCAGUUCCUCCUCUUCAAUCUUGAGAUUUCUUUUCAAAGUUGUCAGCAAUUGAUGCUUUUUUCUCUUUCCCCUUCCCAAAUCUGAUGUUGACUUGGAAAUACAACAUUUGCAUCACUUGUGGAGGACACCAACUGUUACAGUUAUCAGUUAAAGGGCAUACUCUAUGCCAGGCCCUCUAUUGUCUCAUUGCAUCACUUGUGGAGGUCACCAACUGUUACAGUUAUCAGUUAAAGGGCAUGCAUGUUCUAUAUCAGUCCCUCUAUUGUCUCAUUAAUUUCCCUCAGAGAAAACAGUUCAAGUAUUCCUCUAUGGGUUCUAGAUCAGCACCAUGUGACCACUAUGGAAAAGAACUCUAAGUUGGUCUGGUUUUCAGUGGAGCUAACAAAAAGACAGCAAGGGAAUUUGUGAAGGAUGAUUGUAGCUGGAGGACCUUUUGUCAUAAAGAGGUGCUGAUAUCUUGAUUUAAGCUUUUCUGAGUUUUAAAUUGGGAGCUUUUCUUUGUUUGGACUAUAAACUUGAGACCAAGCUAUGUUUAAAUUUGAGCCAGACAAAUGAAAGACCAACUUGGCUGUCUAUUUACCGAAAGUGCCUUUUUCACUAAGCCCCAUACUCAGAAUCCUAUAACAUAACUACUACAGACUUGGCUGCUUUUCACAUCAAACAGAAUGUUAAAGGGUGUGGGGGGGGGGGAAGAAAAAUAUUUUCUCCCACUACUCUCCUACCCUUUGCUCCAGCCAAACUGAACUACUCUCAGUUCUUGAACACACCCUGUAAUUUUUCUGCCUUCUUGGUUUGGCUCAUACCAUUCCUUUUUUCCUUAUUCUUCCAUCUUCUCCUCAAGUGUCACCUCCUCCAUGGAGACUUUCUUGAUUCUUGCCUGGGUCCCGGACCUUAGAACAAUUCCUUGCAUCCUUUGAGUUCCUAUAACUUUCCCUCACUUGUGAUAUUCUCCUACCGAGCUAUGUUACUUGAAUUGCUAUAUGCCUUAACUAUUACAUGGUAAAGCAGAAAUUGUCUUACAUCAUCUUUAGGAUAUAUUUCAUUUAACGUGAUAGAUAAACGUUAACUAUUAUUGUUGUUUGUAAUUCCUGGCAGGUGUGUAACAAGCAUACCAUAGUUUUUUUUAUUAAAUAAAUGUAGUAGUAAAGAGAAUUAAAUAUCGAUUAAAUAGAGAGGAAGGAGGAUGGAGGGACUCUUUGGUCUCCAAGCUCUCUUCUUGGAUGUCCCAUUCUAUAAUUGUGUCAUUUUUCUUUUGGUAUUAAUGAAGUUGAAGUUUGUUGUAGUUGUUUUUUGACUGAAAAAAAUACUUUCAUGUUUCACAUUUUGUCGAUGAAAAGCAGCUGUUUAGAUUGCUUGAAACCAUUUUGCGCAGAUUGAGGAUAGUGCAUUAAUGAAGUUCUCUUUGAUGACCUGGCCACAGGUAGAGAAGCAACUGGUGGAGGCUGGGUCGCCAGGUGUUCCAGUGCCCAGCCGUUUUCCUUCCCCACUCCCCCCAACCUCUCGCUCCUUUCUUUUAAAUUCUCCAGCGACUGCUCUUGGGUGCUUAGUCAGCUGGGAGGCAGGACUCCACUGUUUGUAUUAGCUCUCCACGCAGGAGGGCAGAGCUCGGAGCCGCGGCAGCAGCCUGGGCUCAGUUCUUCCAGUCUGACUUGGGAGUACUUUCACAUUUUCCCUUUUCCCAUUCAUUGGUUCCCUGGGGUCACGUGCAGGCCGGGGGGGGGGGUGGAAUUCGGGAGUUGUAGCUUUUGGCACUCCUUUUUUUUUUCCCCCUUAAAAAAAAAAAAAAAAAAAAAAAAAAAAAGCUUGCUCUGUGCGUCUCUCCAGGGCUUGUUGCCUUUGCACUACUGUGAGUAAAGUUGGAAGCAGCCGCGCAAAGGACUGGGGGUGGCAAGUUGGGGGGGAAAAAAAAAGAAAGAAAGAAAGCGAGUCGCGGAGAUGUUCAGGCAGGUCCCCAGGACCCCGGGCUCUGGUUGCUACUAUCUCAAUCCCAUGACCCCCGAGGGCCAAGAGAUGUACUUGCGGCUGGAUCAGAAGAUGAGGUGCUCUCGUUACAGGAUGAGCAGGAUCCUCGCGCGCCAUCAGCUAGUGACCAAAAUCCAACAAGAAAUUGAAGCAAAGGAAGCAUGUGAUUGGUUGCGGGCUGCUGGAUUCCCACAAUAUGCUCAGCUGUAUGAGGAUUCACAAUUUCCCAUCAACAUCACGGCUGUAAAGAAAGAUCAUGAUUUUCUUGAAAAGGACCUUGUAGAACCUCUUUGCAGACGACUCAACACAUUGAACAAGUGUGCCUCAAUGAAACUUGAUGUGAACUUCCAAAGGAAAAAGAGUGAUGACUCAGAUGAAGAAGACCUAUGUAUCAGUAACAAAUGGACUUUUCAGAGGACAAGCAGGAGAUGGUCUCGAGUGGACGACAUCCACACAUUGUUCCCCCAACCAAACAGACAUGGAUCAUCUGGGGAUAUCAGAAUGAAAACCACCACGAGCAGUGAAAGCGUCCUUACUGACCUGAGUGAGCCUGAGGUCUCUUCUAUUCAUAGUGAAAGCAGCGGAGGAAGUGACAACCGGAGCCAGUCUGGCAUUAACAGUACUGGCAGAGAGACUUUUGAUUGUUCAGGGCAGUACUGUGGGGACGCCCCAGUCAUGCUUGACUCCACUUUAGUCAGUGGCAGCUUGUUACAGAACCCCAAAGACAUUGCCAAUUACAUUCACCCAAAGAAUGAGAAACCAACACGAACCAGAGCCAAAUCUUUCUUAAAACGCAUGGAAACACUAAGGCCUAGAGGGACACAUGGCAAGGUAAAGGGAUCAGCAAGGACAGGUGGCUUGGUGAUAAGUGGACCUGUUCUUCAGCAGGAGCCAGAAUCCUUAAAGACCAUGCACUGUGUGCCAUUAGCAAAUGGGGAUUUCCAAAGCUCAACCCAAGAUGCAACCAAGAAAGGACUUCCAUUCUCUGCCAAAUCCAGCAGUGACAGCAGCCAGUCAGAAAAUAGCAGUAGUGGUGUGAGUACACCCUGCUUGAAGGAUCGCAAGUGCCAUGAAGUCAGCAAACGCGGGGGGAUGUAUCUGGAAGACUUGGACGUUCUGUCUGGGACGAUAUUACAGGAAGUCAUAGACCAAAACCAUAAAAAUGACUUUCACUCCCAGGAGAACCUUGUGGUCCACAUCCCCAAAGACCACAAACCAGGAACUUUUCCUAAGGCACUUUCUAUUGAAAGCCUCUCUCCAACAGAUAAUAGCAAUGGGGUGAACUGGAGGACGGGCAGCAUCUCUCUGGGUAGGCAACAGUGCCCUAGUACAAAGGAACCCAGACUUAUGGCCUCUUGUCACAGAGAAAGUAGAGUUAGUAUUUAUGACAAUGUCCCAGGCUCACACUUGUAUGCCAGCACUGGGGAUCUUUUGGACUUGGAGAAAGAUGACCUCUUCCCACAUUUAGAUGACAUUCUGCAACACGUUAAUGGACUCCAAGAGGUAGUAAACCACUGGUCAAAGAAUGUCUUGCCUGAACUACAAACAGAUGAUGCAUUAGUUGGGGAAUCUGGCUUGUCACCCUUCCCAUCUCCUAACCAAAUUACGUUAGGGGAUUUUGAGGGAAACUCGGUUUCUGAUGGUCGUACAACACCUAGUGAUAUGGAGAGGGAUGGGACCUCCCUUAAUGACUCAGAGGCAGCUGGAGUCAGAGAAAGAAGGGAUUCUGGUGUCGGGGCAUCACUCACUAGGCCAAACAGAAGGAUACCAUGGAAUAGUUUCCAGAUCUCCCAUCAGCCAACUCAUUCCAUAGUGUCUCCACAAAUCAGUAAUCAGACAGCUGGCCAGUUGAAUCUCCUCCAGCGCUUCUCCCUCCUUCGCCUCACUGCCAUCAUGGAGAAGUAUUCCAUGUCAAAUAAACAUGGCUGGACAUGGUCUGUGCCAAAGUUCAUGAAGAGGAUGAAAGUCCCAGACUACAAAGAUAAGAAUGUCUUUGGUGUUCCACUGAUCGUUCAUGUCCAGAGAACAGGACAACCUCUUCCUCAGAGCAUUCAACAAGCCCUGAGAUAUCUACGCAGUAACUGCCUUGAUCAGGUGGGUCUGUUUCGGAAAUCAGGAGUGAAAUCUCGAAUCCAAGCCUUGCGUCAGAUGAAUGAAACCUUCCCUGAGAAUGUCAGUUAUGAGGAUCAGUCUGCUUAUGAUGUGGCAGACAUGGUUAAACAAUUCUUUCGGGACCUACCAGAGCCACUCUUUACAAGCAAACUAGGAGAAACUUUCCUCCAUAUUUAUCAAUAUGUUCCAAAAGAUCAGCGCCUCCAGGCAGUGCAGGCUGCCAUCAUGUUGCUGGCAGAUGAGAACAGAGAGGUCCUGCAGACUCUAUUGUGUUUCCUGAAUGAUGUUGUCAAUUUAGUGGAAGAAAAUCAGAUGACACCCAUGAACCUGGCUGUGUGUCUUGCUCCUUCCCUUUUCCAUCUUAAUUUAUUAAAGAAAGAAAGUUCCCCAAGAGUGAUACAGAAGAAAUAUGCUACAGGCAAGCCAGAUCAAAAGGACCUCAAUGAGAAUCUGGCAGCCACUCAGGGUCUUGCCCACAUGAUAAUAGAAUGUGACAAACUUUUUGAGGUCCCACAUGAUAUGGUAGCUCAAUCUCGUAACUCUUAUAUGGAAGCUGAAAUCCAUUCUCCAACACUGGAAGACCUGGGAAAACAGCUGGAAGAGAAUGGAGGAAAUUUCCAUGUAUACCUGGAACAUCUCAUCCAAGGUUUACAGAAAGAAGCAAAGGAAAAAUUCAAAGGAUGGGUCACUUGUUCAAGCACAGACAGUACAGACCUUGCUUUCAAAAAGGUUGGAGAUGGAAAUCCACUGAGGCUCUGGAAGGCUUCCGUGGAAGUAGAAGCACCUCCCUCAGUGGUAUUGAACCGAGUUCUGAGAGAGCGUCACCUUUGGGAUGAAGAUUUUGUGCAAUGGAAGAUUGUGGAGACAUUGGACAAACAGACAGAAAUCUAUCAAUAUGUUUUGAACAGUAUGGCUCCCCAUCCUUCCAGAGACUUUGUGGUUCUAAGGACGUGGAAGACUGAUUUGCCCAAGGGAAUGUGCACUUUGGUAUCUAUCUCUGUGGAACAUGAAGAAGCCCAUUUGAUGGGUGGGGUGCGAGCUGUUGUAAUGGAUUCCCAGUAUCUAAUAGAACCUUGUGGUUCUGGCAAGUCCAGGCUGACACAUAUCUGCAGGAUUGACCUCAAAGGUCACUCCCCAGAGUGGUACAACAAAGGCUUUGGACAUCUCUGUGCAGCUGAAGUAGCCAGAAUAAGAAACUCUUUUCAGCCUAUUAUUGCUGAGGGUCCAGAAACUAAAAUCUGAAAUGGUUUGGCAAAAAGUAAGAGAAAGAAGAAACUCUCAUAGAGAAAGAGAGACUUGGAAAGUGUUCAAUAUGGAAGCACUAAAAAGUGGCCGGAAAAUACCAGACAGCAGAGACCUUUUCUGAAGAUCACUAAUAUAAUAGAUAUUCUUUUAUCGGAGCUUUUAUCUCUGUUACUUAAAAUUAAAGAUUAUUACUUGUGCAUUGCCUAAUUUUGCUAUUUAAGCGCUUCUACGAAGCAUAUUUUAAAUUGUAAAUAAACUUCUAUGUAGAAUAUGUACAUAUUUGUGUAUAUCUCUAUAUACUGUAUAUAUGUAAAGUAAUUAUAUAUAUAUAUAUAUUACAUAUAUCUAUAAUUGAGUGUUUGGAACAGGAAAAUACCUGCAUCUUUUGACCCUUACUUUUCGAUCUUUUAGAAUCCUCCUCAAUGCAACAGAGACUAAGCAAUAUCUAUAUAACAUAAACAGCCCUAAAACAUGAUAUAUGUAACCCAUUGUCAUAUCUAACCAAAAGAUCCCUAACCAAAGGAAAAUAAUUUCAGUCAUUCUCUUCUGUGCAGACCAUCAAUUCAUAUUAAUAAAAACAAAUUUAAAGAAUUGGCUGAAAUAGGUAAAAGGUAAUUGUUUCCAUUAAAAACAAAGCAGCUCUUGUAAUUAGCCAUUAUGGGAUGAGAAUGUAAAAAGUAGCCAAUGAGCACCUAUGUUUACUAGCCUAUGUUCAAGCAGAUGUAAAAUGUUGAUAACUGUUCUAGCUCAUGGCCAAAUAUUUACUCUAUAAUAGAAACAGAAGCAGUGUUCCCACCCAGAUUUAGAAAUAAAUAUUAUAGCUUUUUUUAAUACUUAGAAAAGAGCCUACACUUUUUCUAAAGCUUUCAUAGAGAUAUUUCAUAAUUUUCAUAAAUUUAAUUCAAUUUGACUAAUAGACUUUUUGGUCACAGUUAAUUAACAUUUUCUUACCAAUAUAUUGCACUGAUUUCUUAACAAUGACACCAAUUUAAGAGAAAUAAUGGCCAUUCAAAAGUACUGGACCAUUACACUUUCAGGGAAUUCAUAUUUUAUUACAUAUAAUACUUUAAAAAUAUAGUUCAUUGAAGUUUUACAAUUGAGAGAGUGGAUUUUUAAUUAACAUAAAACCAAAAAUAUACUUCUAAAUUAGUUUUAGAAAAAUAUACAAGUUUAUUAAUAUCAUGUUUCUUUAAUAGUCAACUCAAACUACCUAAGUGUUUGCCCCAACCUUAUUUAUUGCUGUAUAAACUAAUCAGAAGACAAUACCAAUUGCCAAUGGUGGUAUGUUUUUUGGGGGAAGGGAGGUUGGUUUUAAAUGCAUUCAGACAAUAGUAUAAAGAGGAAUUUAUUAAUAAUUCAAUAGAGAAAUAUUUUUAUAGCAAGUCAAAUAGCAAUUGGUAGUAGAGAGAGCUUCAUUUAUUGAUUUCCAGUGUUUUGAAUCUGCUUGCAGUAUCUUUGCAUUUAUGUUGUUUUCUGCUGUCAGCAACAUGCAGGCAUUCUGUAGAGGAGAUUAAAAGUAUUAGAGGUGUGAGUACCGAGUUGCUUCAGUCACCUUCAAGGGAACCUUUGCUGCAUUUUUAUUAUUUUUACUGGGCAUAAAGGCAGUUGUCUGUCAUUUAAAAAAAAUUUUUUUUAAUUGUCCCACUGGCCAUGGAUAUCUUGCACUCCAUGCAUAAAAAAAAGCCCAUAAUAUACUACUGCCAUUUGGGCUGUCCUCCAGGAGCCUAUCAAAGUAACUUCUGCCAGAACACAUGAAAUUUAAUUUCCCAUGUAGUCCCUUUGUAUGCAUCAAAAUAAAUGUUACUAUGUGACUUCAAAUAUCCAGUGAAGUGACAUGUUUUGUCGGGGACAAAAAAAAAGAAAACAUUCAAACAAUGGCAGAUAUAACAAGAUAUCAUCUGGAGGAUAAUUAAUAAAGUGACCAUCAGAAGGGAGGGCAAAAUUUGUUCCUGAUGCCCCAUCUUUUGGAAUUAUCUAAUUUUGUUCAUAUUUUCACUACAUCUCUAAACUGCCCUAACAACAUGGCGCACCUUUUUAAAAAAUGUGCAUUAAGCUUGUGUCAAACACUAUACAAUAUUUUGUUCAUUGUUAUCUUGCCAUUGAGAAUACAAUAAGAUCAUUGCAUUUUUAAUGUUAUAUUCAUAUUUAUACCUCAUGUAUAUUUUUACCUCAGUUGGUAUCAAUCAUCAAUUGUAAAUAAAUAAUUGCAAAGUCAAAUAAAUUUAUAUAUGCUAAAGAA